AUGACACAGCAGGUCAGCGGCUCACCGUUCCUCAAACCUUUCUUUCUGAAGACACCUGUCAGAGUGGUCAGGCCUCUGCAGCAGAGGAGACACACGCUUCCCGCCAGCGAGUUCAGGAACCUCACGCCGCAAGACGCCAUCAGUGUGUUCGAGAUUGAAAGAGAAGCAUUUGUCUCUGUGUCUGGAGAGUGUCCACUUACCCUGAAUGAAGUGCUUAAUUUCCUGGGUCAGUGCCCUGAGCUGUCACUGGGUUGGUUUGAAGAGGGACAGCUGGUAGCUUUCAUCAUCGGCUCUGGCUGGGACAAGGAGAGGCUUUCACAGGAGGCCAUGACUCGGCACGUCCCAAACACCCCCACCGUGCACAUCCACGUGCUGUCGGUGCACCGCCACUGUCGCCAGCAGGGCAAGGGCUCCAUCCUCUUGUGGCGCUACCUGCAGUAUCUGCGCUGCUUGCCGGGCAUCCGCCGAGCUCUGCUGAUCUGCGAGGACUUCCUGGUGCCCUUCUACCUCAAGGCCGGCUUCAAGGAGAAAGGGCCGUCUGCCAUCUCCGUGUCCAACAUGCACUUCCAAGAGAUGGAGUACACACUCGGAGGGCAGGCGUACGCACGGCGGAACAGCGGCUGCUAG